GUGCCCCACUGCGUGCUCCAAGCCAGGCCCGCAGUCCCCGGGGUUCGGCUGCCCGCAGCCCGCCCGGGGCCGCCUCGGUGCCCGGGGAGCCCGGCCCCGCCUGCCGGGCAGCCUGGCAACCCGCGGCAGCAGCCCGGCCCGAGGCCCGCAGCGGCGGCCAUGAGGGCGGCGGCCGCGGAGCCGGGCGGGCACGCCCGCGGCGAGCAGCCCCGGCAGAAAUGUGUAUAUGUUGAGCCACCUAGGAGAGUUAAAGAAAUACUGGAGGAGCACUUUCAUUUACAGAAAGAAGAAUGCAACGUUAAUCAUCCAGCUGCAGCUCUGGAAGAAGUUUGGAAAGUGAAGAACAAUUUCUCCAUUAGAAGCCCGAAACCAGUGUCACAGAACAGCAGUGACUUACUUUUACAGCCUCAAUUCUACUCAAGACAUGCAAGAAUGAAAAAUUGCUGAAUGUCAAGGCUGUGAAGACCUGAGCCUGCUUUGAUGUGUCAAAUCAAACAUCAGCAGUACUAGCUACCUUUGGAAAUGUAGAUGUUUACUUAUAGGAUUUUGAAUAAAGUUCUAAUUGAAUAUGGAA